AUGAUGAGAGCCCAUGAUUCACCACUUGCUGAAGAUAUAGUUUUUGUUGAUUCUACUAGUUCUUGUGACCCAGAAAACCAUUGUAUUACUUUUUUAUUAACACCGUGUGCAUCUAGUGCUGCACCAUUCGGUGUUCUUAUAACAAAAGGUCAAAGUAAAGAAUCAUAUAAAGCUGGAUUUCUAUUGAUUAAAAAUAAUGUACAGAAUGCCUUUGAUGGGAAAGGUUUUCCUACCAUAUUUUUAACAGACAAUUCAGAUUCAGAAAUUAAUGCUUUGAAAGCAGUUUGGUCAAACUUAAAAUCUCUUCUUUGCAUAUUUCAUAUAUUGUAA